AGGUUUAGACAGCUUGAGGUGGAGAUCAGGGAAGAGGGAGUGUCUUCGGUUCUCUUAAACAGAGCGUAUUUGGUUUAGCUCAGCUCUACAAGAAACUGAAACACGGGUCGACUUGUAGAGCAAGCUUAACCAGGCGCUCGCUCGUGCCUUCAUUAUUUCCUGUACUCGGAGGCCAUCUUGUUGAGACGAGCUUAGAGAUUUUGUAGUCUUUCUUUUUCGUUGUACUGUUUGUGUUCCAUCUCUUCCUGUGGUGUGUUUCCUGCUAAAGUUUGGACUUUCUCCUCUUCAAAGCAGCUUUGGAAGAGGAGGACGGGGGAAAGGAGGGGGAGCCGGAGGGAUACUUUCUGCCAGAAAGUGGAGUUGUAGUUAUUAACUGUCCUCGCUUGGCUGCUCUCUGAAAUGAAAGGCGUAACGUUAUAGUAUUUUGUGAAGUGCGGCGAACGGAAGAAGCGAAAAGUUGGACUUCCUAGAAAGGGAGCCUUUUUCCUGUUCUCCUGCAAGACGGAGACCACUGAGCAGGACUACGACCGUACACGAGUGAGUGAACUGUGUCUUGGUGUGUACUCCUGGCUCCCUUGCAUCCCUUUCUUUUACCUCCUUGCCUAAGUGGCGGUAGCUCUUCAUGAUGGCCAAUGGCAGUCCUGACAUGCCCCCAGGACCCCUAUCCCAGGUGUUUUUCCCCCCAGGUAGCUCUUCUCCCCCUGGGUCAGUGGUAUUACAGCAUGCCCUCCCAUUUUCACUGUCUGCUGUUCAUACACCGGGCUUCCCUGCUGUGGACACAGGACUGUCUCAUGGGCCUAGUGGCGCUUCCACUAUGUCCUUUAUGGCUCCCACGCCAGCUGGUGUUUCCUUCAUCAUCCAGAUUGGACUGACCCGAGAAUCUGUACUGCUGCCCCAGACAGCGGACCUGGCCUAUGUCAAACAGAUUGCCUGCUCUAUCGUGGACCAAAAGUUUCCUGAGUGUGGCUUCUAUGGGAUCUAUGACAAAAUCCUUCUUUUCAAGCAUGACACAAGCAGCAAUAACAUCCUGCAGUUGGUCAAAGCUGCAGCUGAUAUCCAGGAGGGGGAUUUGGUGGAGGUGGUGCUGUCUGCGGCUGCCACUUUUGAGGAUUUUCAGAUUCGCCCUCACGCUUUGAAUGUGCACUCAUACCGUGCCCCUGCCUUCUGUGAUCACUGUGGUGAGAUGCUGUUUGGCCUUGUGAGACAAGGGCUCAAAUGUGAUGGUUGUGGGCUGAACUACCACAAACGCUGUGCUUUCAGCAUUCCUAACAACUGCAGUGGGGCAAGAAAGAGACGGCUGUCCACUACAUCUCUGUCCAGUAGCCAGUCUCUCCGUCUGUCUAUGACAGAGUCUUUCAGCAGUCUCAGCACCAGCACAACCUCUGAAGAUACGAACCUCAUCCGCUCUCACACACAGAUGCCCAGAACUCCCAGCGAAGCUCGGCGAUUUUACACUGGACGGCCUGUCCACUUGGACAAGAUCCUGAUGAGCAAGGUGAAGGUGCCACACACAUUUGCAGUGCACUCCUACACGCGGCCGACUGUCUGCCAGUACUGCAAAAGACUGCUCCGGGGCCUCUUCCGACAGGGACUACAGUGUAAAGACUGCAAAUUCAACUGUCACAAACGGUGUGCGUACAAGGUACCCAACGACUGUCUAGGGGAAACUAUUGGAGAUAUGUUGAGUCCAAGUACAGACCCAGAGGUACCGAUGGAUUACAGUAGUGAGUAUUCUGACUCUGAGAAGUCAUCUCUGAUGGAUGAUUCAGAUGAGGCCUGCAGUAUUCCUGGCUCAUUUUCCCCUGACAAUAGCCAAGACGGUGCCAGUGGAGACCAGAGUGCUAAUAUUCCCCUGAUGAGAGUGGUGCAGUCAGUGAGGCAGACCACACGCCGCUCCAGUACAGCUAUUAAAGAAGGCUGGAUGGUGCACUACAGCAACAAGGACACACUGAGGAAGCGACAUUAUUGGCGUCUGGACUGCAAGUGUAUCAUCCUGUUCCAGAAUGACACAACCAACAAAUACUACAAGGAAAUCCCUCUCUCUGAGAUUCUGGAAGUACGUCCAGCAGGUGAUUUCUCACUGGUGCCCGGUGGUGCCAGCGCACACUGUUUUGAGAUUGUGACAGGCACCAUGCUCUACUAUGUGGGUGAGGACCCUAACAUUGUCCCCGCUCAGUCACCCAGCUUGUCAGGUCUUAUUUCACCCAGUAGUGUAAUACCUAAUAGUGGAGUCGGACGGGAAGUUGCCAAAGCCUGGGAGAACGCUAUACGUCAGGCCCUUAUGCCGGUCAUCUUCCAGGACAAUCCACCAGCUGAAGGCAACACCCCUCGCAGGCAGGCAUCAGUCAGUAUCUCUGUGUCCAACAGUCAGAUUAAGGAGAAUGUGGACAUAGGCACAGUAUAUCAGAUAUUUGCUGAUGAAGUUCUGGGGUCUGGCCAGUUUGGAGUGGUAUAUGGGGGUAAACACCGGAAAACUGGACGGGAUGUGGCAGUGAAAGUGAUUGACAAACUUCGCUUUCCCACCAAGCAGGAGAGCCAACUGAGGAACGAGGUGGCCAUACUCCAGAGUUUGCGUCACCUAGGCAUAGUAAAUCUGGAGUGUAUGUUUGAAACUCCUGAGAAGGUGUUUGUGGUGAUGGAGAAGCUACAUGGAGACAUGCUGGAGAUGAUCCUGUCCAGUGAGAAAGGACGGCUUCCUGAGAGACUCACAAAGUUCCUCAUCACACAGAUAUUGGCUGCCCUGAGACAUCUCCACUUUAAGAAUAUUGUCCAUUGUGACCUGAAACCUGAGAAUGUACUGCUGGCCUCAGCAGAACCAUUUCCACAAGUGAAGCUGUGUGACUUUGGUUUUGCCCGUAUUAUAGGAGAGAAGUCUUUCCGGCGAUCUGUGGUGGGCACACCUGCAUACUUGGCCCCUGAAGUUUUACUGAACCAGGGCUAUAACCGUUCUUUGGACAUGUGGUCAGUUGGGGUUAUUUUGUAUGUGAGCUUGAGUGGGACCUUCCCCUUUAAUGAGGACGAAGAUAUCAAUGAUCAGAUCCACAAUGCUGCCUUCAUGUACCCACCUAAUCCCUGGAAACAAAUCUCACCAGAAGCUAUCGAUCUCAUCAAUAAUCUGCUUCAGGUGAAGAUGAGAAAACGUUAUAGUGUGGACAAGAGUCUCAGCCAUGCAUAUUUACAGGACUAUCAGACAUGGUUGGACUUGCGAGAGCUGGAGUCAAAGCUGGGUGAACGGUACAUAACCCAUGAGAGUGACGAUGCUCGCUGGCAGCUAUUUGCUCAGGAGCACACUUUACCAUACCCAGUCCACCUAGUACCUGCACCACCUGCUUCCGAUGAUGAACAAGAGUCCACUGAUGACACAGAUAUGCAGGGCCUGACAGAGCGUGUCAGUAUUCUCUGAGGAAGCAGAGUCAAGGCAGCGAAACAUUGGUUGGUGGGAUAGGGGAUAUUUAAUGCUUCUAUUAAUCGUUUAAAUUGGUUUUGUUAGGUUGUUUCCUUCUUCCCUUCUUAGCUCCUAGCAGUAAACAGCCCCCUCUACCUCUUUCAUCAUUCAAUCCUGACUUUCCCCUCUGUAAUGUAGGCUCUCAGCUGUGCCUGAGAGUAAUGUAAAGAGCAGUAGAGAUGAAACUCUUGUCGGCUUGGACCUAGGGGUAGAGUGAAAAAAUGUUACAUAUCAAGGACCAGACAGGUGAGGAAGAUUCCACCAUGACUGCUCUUUCCUUAGUUUACAAUAUCCAGAAAUGAUUUAUAAUGCAUGGAGACAAAGGACAUCUGUAGGAAAGACAAGCAAAUACUGUACAGUGCCGAGAUUACUGGUUCUUGCACCGUCUCUUCCAUUUAAGCUUCAUUACUCUCUUUAGUUCAUAUGUGUCAUUUUUGUCAUAUAAUUGAAAACAGUGCUGCUGACAUUGUAGAUUCCAUUUUAUCACUUUCCGUAACCUCAUAAAAAUGGACAGUGAAUUAACCCUGACAUUGCAAACUGGAGGACUGGAUUUUAGAAAUUCAGCACAAUAAAGAUUUUAAAAAAGUGCUUCAUCAUUUUUACCUGGAAAUAUUUUCCUGAUCAUUUUUCUUAGCAGAGGUUUAACUGGCUUUUUCAAGGGGUUUUGACUCCCCUUCUACUGCAUGUGCUUCUGUUAGGAGUAUAGUGAUGCUAGAAACUGAGCAUUACAUAGACCUGAGUUUAUUGUAGCAUUUUUGCUUAACGAUUACUGCUAUGAAGAAUAUUUUGUACACUUACAUAAACUUAGAAAAGUGGACGUGGUUCAUGUUGUUAACAUCCCAGUAGGCAUAAUAAAUAAAGUUGUUUAGAAAACUUGA